AUGAAUGUGUCCGAGGAGGAUAAAAAACACUGGGGUAUGGAUAAAUUAACCGGUGGUAGAAGUCGAUUACGAGGAUGUUUUGGAGAUCGAAGAAUGAUAUUAUUCAUUGUUUUUAUUGCAUUAUUUUUAGAUAAUAUGUUGUUAACAGUAGUCAUUCCAAUUAUACCCGACUUCUUAUUAUCUCAUCAAACAACGAAUCUUUCAACAUCUAUCGAUGAAACUUUAUUAGGAGAUAAAUAUUGUACAAAAUUAUUAAAUGUCACUGAUAAAAUUAAUCUACAAAAAUCAAUAAUUUGGGCAUCAAGAGGACAUGCUGUCCAGCAUCAACCAAUAGGAUUGACAGAUCAAUUGAAAAUGAUGUUAGACGAUAAACGAAUUCAGUAUUUACUUGCUGAUACUAGAUUUAAUGAAUGUAUGGUAAAUGCAACAAUAGAAAUUGAAAAAAUCACCGCUGAAGAAUUGGGGAAUGAACAUAUUCAAGUUGGUAUAAUGUUUGCAUCAAAAGCGAUAGUACAAAUGAUUGCAAAUCCUAUGAUUGGUCCACUAACAAACAGAAUUGGCUAUAGUGUUCCAAUGUUCACUGGAUUUGUGAUAAUGUUUACAUCUACUAUCGUGUUUGCAUUUGGUGAAAGCUAUACAGUUCUAUUCUUUGCCAGAGCUUUACAAGGUGUUGGAUCUGCUUGUUCCAGUGUAUCAGGAAUGGGAAUGUUAGCCACUUGUUACACUGACGAUAAAGAUAGAAGUCAUGCCUUCUCUGUUGCACUUAGUGGAUUGGCUAUUGGUGUAUUGGUAGGACCACCGUUCGGGGCAUCACCUAUCACGUUAGCCUUAGCUGACGGAACUUUACAAUUAAUUGCACUGAAACCAAAAGUACGUAAAGAAGAUCAAAAAGGUGCUGCAUUAUGUGAACUUUUAAGAGAUCCAUAUAUACUGAUCGCUUCAGGUUCAAUAACUUUUGGUAAUAUGGGCAUUGCUUUACUUGAAUCAUCUUUACCAUUAUGGAUGUGGAAAACAAUGAAAUCAGAAGGAUGGCAACAAGGUGUUGCCUUUUUACCAUGUAGUAUUGCUUAUUUUAUUGGAACAAAUAUAUUUGGACCAAUUGCUCAUAAAAUUGGUCGAGGUAUAAGUGCUGGUCUUGGUAUGAUUAUAUGUGGAAUAUGUUUACUUUCUAUUCCAUUUUGUACAAGAAUUGAACAUUUAAUUGCUCCCAUGGGCGGACUUGGAUUCGCUAUAGGAAUGGUUGAUUCUUCCAUGAUGCCUAUCAUGGGUUAUCUCGUCGAUUUAAGGCAUGCAUCAGUAUACGGUAGUGUUUAUGCUAUCGCAGAUGUUGCAUUCUGUUUGGGAUUUGCAAUUGGACCUAUCAUUAGUGGUGCAAUGGUCAAAAGUAUUGGGUUUAAAUGGAUGCUUUGGUUCAUUGCCAUUGUUUCCCUCCUUUACUCUCCAUUGACAUUAUAUUUGAGGAAUCCACCAAAACGAGAUGAAACUCAGUCACUUGUUACAGCAAAAAAUGGAAACCAACAAAAAGAACUAAAUUCUUUUGAAAAGGAUCCUAAGACAACGAUAACUGGAAUUCCAACAAUAUGUUUGGGCUCUACAAUCGAUUAUGAUCCUACACAUGGAGGACUUCAAGAAUAUCGAUAUGAAUAA